AUGAUGGGCUUCUUCGGGGGCUCGUCGGGCGGAGACAACUCUAGACCAAGCUCUCCAAUUCCUGCACAACGCACACAGGGCGAUCAAGUUAUGAGCCGCGAGAACAGCCAGAAAGGUUCCCAAGUUGUCAACCACCGACCAAGAAACGAUACGUUUGGGGUCGGAGGCAACGGUCGUACAGCAGGGUGAGUCAGAAAAUCUUGCUCGUAUUAUCCGAGAUGUAGAUGAGUCUGACUCUAGCGACCGUCUUGCCAUCGCCUUCAGCGAUGACUACUCGACGUUUUCUGGCGCGUCUGGAGGCUCGGUCUUCGAUGACGAUCGUUCAAUGGCGCCUUCUACUGUGGCCACAUCCGUGUCAAUCGGUGGUAGUCUGGGCAAGAGUCCAAAAGAAGGCUACAAGACCCUGUCGCACAAGACGUCUUUCGGUGCUUCACCGAGGCCCAAACCGAGUGAGCUUGUCACGCAGCCCCCUUUGCCGUCCGGCGUCGCUGCGCGCCGUCAUAGUCCGAGUAGUCACAGCCCUGUGUCGACUACUCAUCAGCCGUCCAACUUCGACUCUGCCCUCCAGCGAGGCAACAUGAACAACACCGUGUCGCUUCAGCAGCAGUCUCCCUCCGUUCAACACAUCCAGCGGCAGGACUUGAGAGCUCCUAGCCCACCAAUACCUGCCCGUAAUCUGCCCAACGAGUCUUCCAAGCCGACCUCCGGCACCGUGGCAAGCUCCGGCGCUACUCGUCAACCUGCCACUGAACUCCAAGACACUCGAGAACCAGUGCAGCGCAGCCCGAGUACCUCGCAUUACAAUCAGACCUCGAACGACAUCGUCAGAGACGACGAUAACAACGCCACGAGCUUGGCUCCAGACAACGGCAGCGCCCUUGACCGCAGCGCUGUAAGCAAUCGUGGUGCUGUUGUGUCCGGGGACUGGUCCGUCGACCGUGGUGCUGCUGCCGGAUACGGCAACAUCUCGGCUUGGGACCAGACCGAGUAAGUUUUAGCCGCUCACAACGAGAUGGCCUUCAUCCGCUCGCCUAUUGACACUGCUUUUUGGAUCGUGCGUUAACAGGGCAUCCGCCUUCACUGGUAGCGACCCUGUUGCUCAGGCCACUGACUUUGCUGAUGGCGACAUCAUCUUUGUCAGCUCCGAGGCUGGCUCUGGUGCCACUCGUCAGCCUGUCACAAGAUUCAAGGUGAAUUGGUUCAUCGUUCACGGCUGCUUGCUGCACGGAUGCUGAUCAUGUGUGGGCCGAUCACGAUAGAUUCACGAAGUGAACCUGAAUGUUCACUCUGCUGUGCUUUCCGAGAUGGUUGAUGGAUCUCCUGAAGGCAAGGUCCACACGCUCGAGGAAGGUGAGCUCGCGUCGUGGCGUGGCACUAAGCCGCAGUCGCUGAAGUGCCUUUCAUUUCCACGGUGCUUGCCUUGCGCAGACAGUGGCACGCUCAAAGUCCUCUUCAGCCUCAUGUACAACACCAAUGCUCCUAAGAUGGGCAUGCAAGACUGGCAAGUCGUUCUGCGUCUGGCUCGAGCUGCGCAAAAGUAUGACUGUGCUCGCGCCAAGGAUGUCGCCGCAUCCUACUUUGCGGAGCAAGAACAGCUAGGGUACGUCACUCGAAUCGAUUGUGUGAUGUGGCACAACUGACUCAUGUGUCCGUUGGUCUUUCAGCUCGCUCUCGCCCUUCAUGACUUUCGCUGUUGGGUCUAUGUGAGCGACCAUGUACGCUUGGUCCAGAUCUUCUUGACGCUGCUGACUGAUUUGCGGCCGCCCCCGUAUACCGCAGGUACCAUCUGCCUGCGCUCGAAGAAGCUGCAGCGGAGCGUUCUGUCCGUUACGAUAUUCAUCGUCUUCCCGAGCUGGUGUGAGUCGGCAUUUGUUUUUAUUUCCCGACCGCCGCCUAGCGCUAAUUUGCUAUUGCCGCGUGUCGACCAGCUUCAAUUUGAUGGGCUUUGCAGCCUAUCAGAAGCUGGCAGCAUUCCAUACUCGUCGUCAGCAGCACUAUCAGGACACACUCAACAGCAUCACGGUCGAUCCGAAGGAGCUCGAAAGUCAAUGCUACCAGACUGGAGGCGUGUGCAUCAUCAGUCCUCUGACCAAACUCAAGCAGAAGCUGGCUUGGCCUAGACAAGCCAACAGAGACGGGUCGAGAAAGCCUAUCGAAAGUCGGGAUGUCAUGACCAAACUUCUCACUGAGAUUGGGCAGAUUGGUGAGCUGCUCUCCGAGCGUUCUGCUGUCUGCCAAAUUGAAAGGAAAGCUGAUCACCCGCCACUUUGCCAAUGGGCUGAUUACAGACUGCGGCACAUGCUCUCGAGCUUUGGUCGAAGCUGCUUUGCAGAUCCAGCUCGCGAUCGAGACCAUGCCUCGCUAUAACGAAGAUGAAGAAGAGAGCUUCUGA